UACAACUCCAAUGAUGCUACUACAAAAUGUUAAAAGUUUUAAUUAAGUAUUAUUGAUGAUAUAAUUUUCUGAUAUAUAGUUUCUAAGUAAUGUUAUGUGAAAUUUGUAUCCCCUUCAAGGCGAAAACAUUGUACAUAUAAAGUUUGUCAUCUUUUGUAACCAAAUGUUUUGAGCAAAUAAACUAUGAUUUGAUUUGAGUUCCAUCAUAUAGUACCUAUAAUGGAGCGAUGUUAAAGGUAUAUUUCCGAGCAAACAUUCCACUAAGAAAAUAUCUAUUGACGCUAACAUCUAAAGAGAAGGGGGAGACUGCCAGCGAUAGCUUUGAUUAAAUUCAGCAAGGCGACUUUAACAAAGACUUUAAAAAAGAAUCCCCAAACGCAUGUCCAAAAUCGACGCAUGCGUGCGUGGCUGGUUUAAUGAUUUGCCGCACUAAAGAACAUAGGAUUAUUUUACAUUAAGUCGUAUUACCGUAGCUUAAGCUGCAAUUUACAAAGUUUAGCUAAAGUCGGUGGAGUACUCGAGUAAGGUUGUAAUGCAAGUGUUAGAUGUGUCGGCAAGCUCAGGCUGACGAUGAGUUCCCCCAAACUUAACGAAAGAUGUCCAAGCAGCAUGAGCAACGGGAAAAAACACCUCAGUACCGAAUCCAAAGAGGACUCCCUCGACAAUUCUAUACGGGAGUCAAUAAAGUCUGAACGUGCUGGGGGGAAAGCAGAAGAGGACUGUCGGCGGAGGACUAUCAUUGUUGAAAAGAAAAAUGGCAGCUAUGGAUUCACACUGCAGAGCUACGGCAUUCACUAUAAAAAGGAGCAAGAGAUAGAGGUGAUAACAUACGUGGACCAUGUAGAAGCAGAGGGCCCUGCAGCGGCUGCAGGUAUGCGGGAGGGUGACGUCAUCCUAUCCAUCAAUGGGAUGGACGUGGAACGCUCUGACCACGUCACCAUCGUCUCUGCCAUCAACUCUUGCGACUCCCGUAUGCGCAUUGUGGUCAUAUUUGAAGACUGCGUCCGCAAAGUCGAACUCCACCUCAAGUACAUUAAUAUUCAACGUACUUUGCAAUCUAAAAUGCGUGAACUGGAACAGCUAAGCAUUAGGGAGAGGCAAGUUUAUGACACAAAUUGGAAAACGCACAGUCUACCUUCCCAAAAGAAAAAAUCUUCGCCAUCCGAUAUUAUAUCCGACAGUGAGGAGAAUAAUGUAACUGAUAGUGUUAAUAGUGUAUACUGUCGACCUACUUUGUCGAGCGAGAACGUCACAACCUCAAAACCCCCACAGGCUAACGUAUUCAUGUACCAAUACUUGGACCCGAGAUACGGAGCUUGUAUCAUUCAACCAAACUUGCGAACUGGAGGUUUUGUAAUAACCGUAGGAUCGCCAAGAAAUAGACGCGAGUGCCAUCAUUAUGUGGUGAAGACUUCAGGUGAAUGUCAUCGCGCUUCUGAGGAGUACAAGCCUGCCAACGGAAAACAUACUAAAACACACAGAAGUAGCCAUAGUCAUGGAUGCGCCCCUUGUAUGCCGGCCUAUAAUAAUCAAGAUGCAAACAGUUUGGAGGCUUAUGACUUGGCUAGUCCUUGCUGCGAUCCACAUUGUGUACCUAACUCUAGAAAGAAAGUUCGUCGGAAGAAAGAAUGUUCUAAGGAGCAUAAAAGGAAGGAGAAAAACCAACAAGUUGACAAAUCAACUCAAAAACCCGAUACUUGCGCACACGGUCACACGAAGAAAGUCUGUAACUCCGGCCAUUGUUCUAGUCGAUAUCGUUAUUUGGCGACCGAAUCGACCCAAACAAGCCAGUGUAGCUUACAAUCGUAUGCUACCAGUAACGCCACUAUUCCUUGUGAUAACUCAGCUUCUAGCUACAGUACUUCGCUCAGUAGCGAUACACUUUUUUGGGACAACGACCGCUCAGAGGCAAAAUCGUCCCCAAAGAUACAAUAUCAAAGUUCACAUCAGCACGUCAAGCCAAAAUCUUGGGAUAAUUUGGCAACGAAAGCUAUUGGAGGAUAUGGUUUCGGUUAUGGUUAUUUGGAUACCAGCGUUAAGCAUCAGAAUAGAUCAAAAAGUCAUGGAAGAAGCCACAGUGGCCGCAGCGCCCAAGUACAUCAUGAUUGCCAGCACCAUCCCCAGGAGAAACACACUCACAGGCAGAAUGGGACACCGCAUCACUACCCUGUUUACGGCAGGAGUCAUAGCCAUUGCCCUCCGACUAAGUCUACAGAAAGUUUGAUCGUAGUCCCCAAGUAUCAGCUGGAGAGUAGUGGUUCAGAAAGCCGCCUGGCCUGCGAUUGCACCGACGCUACCGAGUACUAUCGUCGUGUGGGCCCUACAAAAAGUCCUGGAGAAACUCAUCCAACUUAUUACUCGCAGCGCUUCGUGUAUCACGCACAUUCGUAUAAGAAGAAAGACUCAAAUGUGAGCUCCGAAAUAACUAGAUUGUAAGGAACAUUUUGCUCAAUUUGAAGCGGCUUAAUACAUAAAUUUAAUUAGUUCUUCAGUGAGAUUCACCAGUAUUAUAAUAAUAGCAUGUAAGUGUAAGAUUCAAGAGUGUUCACAUUAUUUAACAAUGCACAAAAUGGAGCAAUAAUUUUUAUCUAAUAAAUAAUAAUAGUGAUAAUACAGCCACAAAAUUUUACAUAGUUAAAUUCGCUAAAUUGUGUCGUAUUUUUAGGAGACAUUUUGUACCUAUCCGUAAUAAGUGCGUUACAUAACGACGCAAUCAACGUUCAGACCCAUUUUAAACAGUUUUAUCAGCUUUAUACUCGUUGAAUUAUACAUAGUUUUUAAUAAAAAAAUACAAUG